GGAGAACAACCCGACGCUGGUGGAGGUGCUGGAGGGAGUGGUGAGGCUGCCUGAGACCGUGCACACGGCUGUGCGCUACACCAGCAUCGAGCUGGUGGGGGAGAUGAGCGAGGUAGUGGACAGGAACCCGCAGUUCCUGGAUCCCGUGCUGGGGUACCUGAUGAAGGGGCUGUGUGACCGGCGCUUGGCCUCGGCGGCAGCCAAGGCAAUCCACAACAUCUGCUCUGUGUGCCGUGACCACAUGGCUCAGCACUUCUCGGGGCUGCUGGACAUCGCGCGCUCCCUCGACUCCUUCACGCUGUCCCCCGAGGCUGCCGUGGGGCUGCUCAAGGGGACGGCGCUGGUGCUGGCCCGGCUGCCCCUGGAGAAGAUCGCGGAGUGCCUCAGCGAGCUCUGUGCCGUGCAGGUGCUGGCGCUCAAGAAGCUGCUCUCUCAGGAGCCAAGCAAUGGCCUCUCCUCAGACCCCACUGUGCCCCUGGAUCGACUCGCCGUCAUCUUCAGACACACCAACCCUGUCGUGGAGAAUGGGCAGGUCCAUCCGUGCCAAAAAGUCAUUCAGGAG